UCAGCACGGACUGGAUGCCCACGGGCGGCAGGACGCUGUCACACGCUGCCCGCGCUCUCGGCAGGGGCACAGCGCUGUUCUGCCCUCGCCCACAGCUCCCCUUGCCCCGACCGUUCUCCUCCUCUGGCGGAGUCAGCCCCGGUUGUUGGUGCCCGCUGCUGUUCCCCCGUGUCUCCGUGCCAUCCCCGAAGCAGCGCCGCUCUUUUCCCCUCUCCCUGCUCUUGGGCAGCUGGCUGCGCUCGGCCUGCGCGGCUGCGGGGGACAUGGCAGAGCAGCGGUACUGUGUGGACUAUGCCAAGCGGGGCACCGCGGGCUGCAAGAAGUGCAAGGAGAAGAUCGUGAAGGGGAUGGUGCGCAUUGGGAAGAUCGUUCCCAAUCCUUUCACCGAGUCUGGAGGGGACAUGAAGGAGUGGUACCAUGUCAAGUGCAUCUUUGAGAAGCUGGACAAGGCCCGGGCCACCACCAAGAAAAUAGAAGACAUCACAGACUUGGAGGGGUGGGAAGAGCUACAGGAUGAGGAGAAGGAAAUAAUCAACAAGUACAUCUCAGAAGCCAAUUCCAAGACUGGAGGUACCCCGAAGAAAAAGGUGAUAGUGCAGGCAAAACUCACUGCCACAGGACAGCUGACCACAAAAGAUCCACCAAAGAAAUUCUCUGGAUUCACUGCCAAGCCAAAGAAUUCAGAAGAUGCCCCUGCAAACUCUGCCCACAAACCCAGCCUGUCUGCAGCCAGGUGUGAUCCCAAGCACAAGGAUUGCCUGCUGCGGGAAUUCCGCAAGCUCUGUGCCAUGGUGGCUGAGAAGCCAAGCUACAACGUGAAAACACAGAUCAUCCAGGACUUCCUCAGGAAGGGAUCUGCAGGAGAUGGUUUUCAUGGUGAUGUAUACCUGACCAUUAAGAUGCUGUUACCAGGUGUCAUUAAAAUAGUUUACAACUUGAAUGAUAAGCAGAUUGUAAAGCUGUUCAGCAGGAUUUUUAACUGCAACCAGGAAGAAAUGGUCCGGGACCUGGAGCAGGGAGAUGUUUCCGAGACCAUACGGAUCUUCUUCGAGCAGAGCAAGACCUGUCCUCCAGCAGCCAAGAGCCUCCUGACCAUCCAGGAGGUCGAUGAAUUCCUCAUCCAACUGUCCAAGCUCACCAAGGAGGAUGACCAGCAGAGUGUCCUGCAGCAGAUCAGCCGCAGGUGUACGGGCAAUGACCUGAAGUGCAUCAUCAGGCUAAUUAAACAUGACUUGAAAAUGAAUGCUGGAGCAAAGCACGUGUUGGACGCUCUGGAUCCCAACGCCUACGAGGCGUUCAAGGCCUCGCGGAACCUGCAGGACGUGGUGGAGCGGGUGCUGCAGAACCAGCAGGAGUCUGAGAAGGUGCCAGGCCUGAAGAGGACCCUGAGCGUGCAGGCCUCACUCAUGACCCCAGUGCAGCCCAUGCUGGCUGAGGCCUGCAAGUCCAUCGAGUACGCCAUGAAGAAGUGUCCCAACGGGAUGUACGCCGAGAUCAAGUACGACGGCGAGCGCGUGCAGGUGCACAAGAACGGGGAUCACUUCAGCUACUUCAGCAGGAGCCUCAAACCUGUGCUCCCCCACAAAGUAGCCCAUUUUAAGGAUUUCAUCCCCCAGGCUUUCCCUGGUGGGCAAAGUAUGAUCCUGGAUUCAGAAGUUCUCCUGAUUGACAAUAAAACUGGCAAGCCACUUCCUUUUGGGACUCUUGGUGUGCACAAGAAAGCUGCUUUCCAGGAUGCCAACGUUUGCCUGUUUGUGUUUGACUGCAUCUACUUCAAUGACAUCAGCCUGAUGGACAGGCCCCUGUGUGAACGGCGCAAGUUCCUGCACGACAACAUGGUGGAGAUCCCUAACAGGAUCCUGUUCUCAGAGAUGAAACACGUCACAAAAGCUUCAGAUCUGGCAGACAUGAUCACCCGAGUCAUCCGGGAGGGGCUGGAAGGGCUGGUGCUGAAGGAUUUAAAGGGAAAUUACGAACCAGGGAAACGCCACUGGCUGAAGGUGAAGAAGGAUUAUCUCAACGAGGGGGCAAUGGCUGACACUGCUGACCUGGUGGUGCUGGGGGCUUUCUAUGGACAGGGCAGUAAAGGUGGGAUGAUGUCCAUCUUCCUCAUGGGCUGCUACGACCCCAAGAGUGAGAAGUGGUGCACGGUGACCAAGUGUUCUGGUGGCCACGAUGACGCCACGCUGGCACGUCUGCAGACAGAGCUGGACAUGGUGAAGAUCAGCAAGGAUCCAAGUAAAAUUCCAAGGUGGCUAAAAAUUAACAAAAUCUACUACCCAGACUUCAUUGUCCCAGAUCCAAAGAAAGCCCCAGUGUGGGAGAUCACGGGGGCCGAGUUCUCCAAGGCCGAGGCCCACACUGCGGACGGGAUCUCCAUCCGCUUCCCACGCUGCACCCGCAUCCGCGACGACAAGGACUGGCAGACAGCCACCAACCUGCAGCAGCUGAAGGAGCUGUACCAGCUCUCCAAGGAGAAGGCUGAUUUCAAUGUUACAGCUGGGGAGGAAGACGAGUCCACAGCUGGCAGCAGUGGAGAGAAUGAUGGGAAUUCCAGGUCUUCCACACCUCACAGCAGUAUUAAGAGUCCCCCAAGCAAGUCACCUGCAAAAGCCCAGAAGGCAGAAGAGAGCAAAGCAGUGAUUGGAUCCCCUCAGAAAUGCGAGGAGAAACGAGGGGAGAAGAGAAAAGCAUCUGAGAUGGAGGACAAUGGAAAAAAGCAGCCACUGCUGGACAUUUUCACGGGGGUGAGGCUCUACCUGGCGCCCUCCGUCAAGGACUUCGACCGAAUCCGCCGCUACUUCAUCGCCUUCGACGGGGACCUGGUGGAGGAGUUCGACACGGCCUCGGCCACCCACGUGAUUGGGGACAUUGAUGACAACCCCGGGGCGCAGCGGGUGACUCCCAGGUGGAUCUGGGAGUGCAUCCGGAAGCGCAGGCUGGUGGCCCCGUGCUAGCAGAGCUGGGAACAGGGACAGGGAGACUCCUCCGUGGGGAUGUGGAUAGACAGGAACCGCCCUCAGGAGUAGCUACAAGGCUCCAGAGCAACCCUAUGGAAUGAAUUAAAAAAGUUCUCUGAAGAAAUGUCCCUGCUGAAUCCCCUUUUCCUGCCCCUACUGUAGACCACCGCCCUUAUCCAGGUGCUGCUUUAGGCUCCUUGGGUUUUUAAAGUUUGGGUAUUUUUAUAGAUAAAGAAAUAAAACCGAAGCAGCUUCUCCUUUGCUGUCAGGA